GGUGGUACAACCAGUUGAGUAGACAGUCAGUACAACCGCAAAAGAAUGAUAUUGAAUAAUUUUUUGCACAUACCACGUUUUCGAAGCACCGUGCCGCCGUUUGUUAUCAGUGGACAGCGAUUGUUACACUAUGUUAAUAAUUGUUUCAACGUGUUUGAUUGUUAAAUUGUUUCAUCACCUUCGUAAUCUAUCCGCUGACCACUUGCUCGCUGCUCACUAUAAUAACUGGCUGUCGUGAACUCGUGAACUGUGUUGUGAUCUAGGCAAUUGAGAAUAAUCGUAGGAGGCCGGAAGAUUAUUAUUGCCAAUUAUUAUUUUCUACGAAUAUUUCGUCGUGACGAAUCAGUUCUGACCUACCUUUUAGUCGUUUACGACACAAUUCGAACGAUUUCCCAUUAGAACACGUUACUUUUUCUGGGUUUGUACUUUUCGCCGUCCCCACGUGUGAUACAUCGAGGUACUUAAAAAAAAUUAAAAUGUACUUACGUCCAAUAUUCCGUACUUUGGUUAAUGCUCAACGGCUUCAUUUCAAAAACAAACUUGUUACAAUGUCAACAAUCGAAGCUAAAUAUAAUACCAAAAUAUCAGAUCCAAAUUUAAGUCUGCCAUUGGAGACAGCUGAUCCUGAACUGUAUGCUUUAGUCUAUCAAGAAUCUCAGCGACAAAGGAAAGGACUUGAACUUAUUGCAUCAGAAAAUUUUACCUCAGUUUCUGUUUUACAAUGUCUAGGAUCUUGUUUAACUAACAAAUAUUCAGAAGGUCUUCCAGGUGCUAGAUACUAUGGUGGUAAUCAAGUAAUUGAUCAGAUUGAAGUUCUAUGCCAAAAAAGGUGUCUUGAAACAUUUUCUUUGGAUCCAAAUCUUUGGGGUGUCAAUGUUCAACCAUAUUCUGGUUCACCUGCAAAUGUUGAAGCUUAUACUGCUCUUAUUGGAGGUAGCAAAGGACGAAUAAUGGGCUUGGAUUUACCGGAUGGUGGUCAUAUCAGUCACGGUCUGAUGGCUCAAAAAAAAAGAUUGUCUGCUGCAUCAAUAUUUUUUGAAACUUUACCAUAUCAUGUAAAUAUGGAAACUGGGUUAAUUGAUUAUGAUGAGUUGGAAAAAUCUGCAAAGAAUUUUAAGCCUGAUAUUAUCAUUGCUGGUGUAACUUCCUACCCACGGACAUUGGACUAUAAACGUUUUAAAACAAUAGCUCAGGCUAAUGAUUCAUACUUGAUGGCUGAUAUGUCACAUAUUAGUGGUUUAGUUGCUGCUGGUGUUAUUCCCUCACCUUUUGAAUAUUGUGAUGUGGUCACUUCUACUACUCAUAAAACAUUGAGAGGUCCUCGUGCUGGAGUCAUAUUUUAUCGUAAAGGAGUUAAAUCGGUAUCAAAGACUGGGGAAAAUGUUAUGUAUGACUUGGAAGAUCGUGUAAAUGCUGCGGUUUUCCCAGGAUUUCAAGGAGGACCUCACAAUAAUGCCAUUGCAGGAAUAGCAGCUGCUAUGCGCUUAGCAACUACCCAAGAGUUUAAAGACUACCAAAAAAGAGUUUUGAGCAAUUGUAAACAGUUAGCUGAAUCCCUUAAACAGCUUGGAUACAAAAUAUCUACUGAUGGUACAGAUGUGCAUAUGUUGUUAGUUGAUCUUCGACCAAUUAAUUUGACAGGUUCUAAAGCAGAGUUUACACUACAAACUAUAGAAAUCGCGUGUAAUAAAAAUACUGUUCCUGGUGACAAAAGUGCAAUGAAUCCUUAUGGUAUUCGUUUGGGUACUCCAGCUCUCACUACACGAGGAAUGGUAGAAAAUGACAUUGUUAAAGUUGCCGAAUUAAUUCACAAAGGUUUGAACUUGGCAUUGGAUGCUCAAAAAGUAUCUGGUCCAAAAUUAGUGAAUUUCAAAUCYACUCUUACUUCAGAUCCAGUGUUUGUUAAUCGUGUUAAAGACUUAACAAAAGAAGUUGAAGAUUUUGCAGAACAGUUUUAUAUUCCUGAACAAUAAAUAGUUUUAUCAAACACUAAAACAAUAACAUCAUAGUCUAAUAUUGUGCCAAAUUCCAAAUUUAUAUUUUUGAUACUACAUCAAUUUAUUUUAUACAUUCCAAAAAAUUAUCAAUGAUUUCAG